GGCACAUUCAGAUCACACUUGUAACUAAGGACUUCAACGCUGAUCAAAUUGUGAAACAAAGUUUCUCUCCAAGGUUGCAGACAGCCGUUUCAUCCAAUCCCGGGGCAUGGAGUGACGUAUAGAGGCGUCUGCUGCUGGUUGAAAGAUGAAAGGCUGUUCCGAGGGAAGCGCCGGGCGUUCAACCGCGGCCCCAAUGUUUCACUAACCGGGCUUCACAAACGCAGCAAACCGCCCGGGGAACACUGAGGGCUGUGCAUUGGUGGAAGUAAGGCGGAUCUUUUUCCUGUUGAACGGAACAAUGAACAUCAAACGCCGGACUUGACUGCAGCUCUCGCGUAUGUUACAGCAAAACGCACUGCAUAAGUAAUAUGCAUUGAGACCACUGUAAUAUUUUUUGGAGUAAGCUGUUUUUUUGUGAAGAGAGUGUUUGGUGAACUUGACUGCGCUUUGAUGUAGGGACCUACAUGCUGAUCGUAGAUCAGAUUACAAGCGUGAGAUCGCAGCCAUCCCUCCCUUUGAUCUCGGCGCUGACUUUGUCCUCAUCUUUGGGGAUUGUCCAGAGCUGCAGAAACCGACUGACUGGACGGACAGCAAGUGAAACGACUCUGCGGGGCAAUGCGGGAAUAAACAAAGAAGAGGACUUUGAAGAUAAACAAAAACGUUUAUAUUUAGAAAAGGAGUCAAAAGAGAGGAGAAGUCCGGACUUAUAAAACAAAUCGCCAGCGAGGGGUCGUUCCAGAUGGCUGCCUCCCUCGACGCACACACCUGGCUCCCGCUCCUGAAGCUGCUCCUGCUCCUGCUCCCCUCCAUGGUUCCCGUACUGGCAGAGGAGACAAGGGAAUGCAGAGAACAGGAGUACAAGGACCGCUUCGGCAACUGCAUGCCCUGCAAGCAGUGUGACGCCGGAGAAGAGCUGUCUAAGGAAUGUGGCUUUGGUUACGGAGAGGAUGCCCAAUGCGUGCCCUGCAGGGCCAACCGCUUCAAAGAGGACCGCGGCCUGCAGAAGUGCAAGAUCUGCCUGGACUGUGCCCUCAUCAACCGCUUCCAGACGGGCAACUGCUCCGCCACCAGCAACGCCGUCUGCGGAGACUGCCUGCCAGGGUUCUACAGGAAGACCAAACUGAGUGGGUUCCUAGACAUGGAGUGCAUUCAGUGUGGAGACCCCCCUCCUCCCUAUGAACCACAUUGCAGUGGCAGGGUGAACCUGGUGCCCAUCCCCUCCACGGUCACCAGCCCCAGAGACAUGGCCCUGGCAGCGGUCAUCUGCAGCGCUCUGGCCACCGUGCUGCUGGCCCUGCUGGUGCUCUGCGUCAUCUACUGCAAGAGGCAGCUCCUGGAGAAGAAGCCUAGCGGGUCAUUGAGGUCACAGGAAGUGCCGUACUGUGAGGCAGAGCUGGCCUGUCUGAACCGGCGGCGGGCUGUGGAGUUGGCCCAGAGACCCUGCUGCCACUGUCACCAUGGACACCAUGGGCCUGGUCACACCUGUGGUCCAGUUCCGUUGAUCUCGUCUCUGUGCUGUGAGGACACCUGUAGUCUGGGCCGCAGCGGGGACUCCAGCCCGUUCCAGUCCCGUGAAAGCCUCAACGACGGACACGCCAACCAGUCGGCGGGGAGCAGCCUCACGGAUCUGGAAGGGCGUCCUGAGGUGUGGCCCCUUGCACAGGGCCUCCACUGUGAGUCGAGGAAGAGGAACACAGCUUCCGCAGAGGAGGAGAGGCUUGAGGGGCAAAGAGAGGAGGAGGAAGAAGAAGUUGAGGAAGAGGAGGAGGAGAGGAGAGGGAGGCUGAACCUACAGGAGCAGGAGCAGAGGGAGGGAGGUGGUGCUGCUGACUGCUCCUCUCUGUCACAGCAGUAGUGGAUCUCCUCAUCAAUGGAGGAUGGCCCCUGCUCACUCUGGCUUGCGUACAUCCUCGUGAAGUAUGUUGGCACGACCGAGAUCCCAUUUCAGAUUAGGCAAGCUCUCUCUCUCUCUCACUCACACACACACACACACACACAUUCAAAAAAAAAAGAAAAAAAAAGAAGGGUCGUCACAUCCACCAAUGGCAGGUGACCGGCCGCACCGUCACCCAUCAUGUAAAUAAAAUGCAAACGGAAUCACUUAAGGCACAGAGCUCAAUUGAAGAAACUGCCGGCAAAAAAAAACAAAACAAAAACACGAUGACGUGACGCUAAAUGUUAGGAGUCACCUGUGGAGAUAAGGGGCCCGGGCGGGGUCGCCAAGACAACGCACGCACGUCACGGGAUCGCUUGUUGAAACAUCUGGGCCGCCACCUCGUUUUGCGUGCUGAACUGAAGGAGGAAAUGGCUACAAAGCUUCUCUCUGCCCCCCCCCCCACCCCCACCCCUUUUCAUGUUUGGGUGACCUUGCACAUGUGUCCACCUCUCUCUCUCUCUCUCUCUCUCUCUCUCUCUGCUCUUUCUCUUCUUGUGAUUGGCCACAAGAAUAAAGACUUGUGUUAUCUUCGUAUCGAUCGUGCAUUGAGAACCAAAAGCAGCGUUUCAUGUGGUCGUCUCGUAUGUAAAGUUGUGCUAAAUGAUCUUGAGUCGAUUAAAAACAAAAUGGCCCCUUUGAGUCAAAGCCCUUGAGUGUCUGACCUGUAGUGUCCCACGGGAACCCCUGCACCUGUAUAUGAUAUACAACUGUUUUGUGUUGUAGAUACUGUAAAAUAGUUUGAAGAAAAAUAAUUAUUAGAUUGGUAAUAUUUUUGUAAUGUAGAUAACGAUCUUGUUAAUUAUCCACCUUGUUCACUUUUUUUUUUUUUGUUUGCUCUUGUUGAUGUGCACUUACAGCAUUUCUGAAAUUCAUGUGGAGUUUCAAAUUAUUUGUAAUUAAAGUCUCAAAAACACA